ACCCUUCCAAGUCUGACUUAGAACUUGAAGAUGAAGCUUUUGAGCACACCAUGUAUGAUGGAGAGAUUCCCAAACGUCCCGUAGGUUAUGGACUUGGAGUUCGAAAGGGGGACAUUUACGGGGUGCAUGGUGUCCUGAAGAAGCAAGGGUGUGGAAGAGUUCGAAAGACGGCCGUGUUCAUGGAGAAUGAUAAAGAAGAAUUGUCCACUCUGAAGAAGGAAAAUAGAUUGUUGAACACCCAAGUCCAAGAGAACAAAGAAGAAGUGUCUGUUCUCAAGAAGGAAAAUAGCUUGUUGAAAGCCAAAGUUCAAGAGAACAACUCUCUGCUCAAAACUCUUGUUGGACAAUUUUCUCAACUAGUAGGUAAAGUUCGUAAAGGAGAGGCUUCAAUGCACCUUUUAGAUUGUGCACAAGCAGUCUUGGAAGUGACAAACCAAAAGGUACUCGAAAAUAAUGAAGGUGCAAAAGAUCAAGAACGGAUGGCUUCAAAGUAGCUACUAUCGUAUCGUCAUCUAUUUUACUAGCGCGCUAGAUCUUAUUAGUUAGCUUAUUUUCAAGGUUACUUCACUUUGGAUAUUUUUAUUAAUUAGCUAGACUUAACUACGACAUACAAUUUG